GGACGUAUUUUGCUCGGUCCUUCCUAACACGUGUCCGCAUUUAAUAGGUUGGUGUUGUUUUGUUGGAGUGAACCGGAGAAAUCGAUUGUUUUCUCUCCGUCUUUCUUUUCUCUCUCUCUGUCGAAGGCGAUUUGUUUACAACGGCGGAUCUCCUUUAUCCUUCUGAAAAUUGGGUCACGCAGAGGCAAAUCAGCCAAAGAAGGAGACUUUGAAGCCAACGGAAUCUAUGGAUGUCGAGAAGCCCAAGAAGGAAAGCUUGGCUCUUUCGGAGCCCAUGGAGGUUGUGAAGCCGAAGGAUGAGAAAAAAAGAACCGGCUACCAUUGUUCCCCACAAAGGCAAUGGGCUUGAUUUUGAGAAAUACUCAUGGGGACAGAAUCUCCAAGAGGUCACAAUUAACGUUCCGGUGCCAGCAGGCACUAAGUCAGGGUUUGUGACCUGUGAAAUCAAGAAGAACCGUAUCAAAAUUGGUCUCAAAGCGCAAGAACCAAUCAUUGACGGAGAGUUCUUCCAUCCUGUCAAUCCUGAUGACUGCUUCUGGAACAUCGAGGAUCAAAAGAUGAUAUCAGUGCUCUUGACAAAGCAAGACCAGAUGGAGUGGUGGAAGUAUUGUGUGAAAGGUGAACCUGAGACUGACACUCAGAAAGUUGAACCGUAGAGCAGCAACUUGGGUGAUCUCGACCCUGAAACUCGUGCAACCGUUGAGAAGAUAAUGUUUGAUCAAAGGCAAAAGCAGAUGGGACUCGCAACGAGUGAUGAGAUGGAGAAGCAAGAUAUGCUCAAGAAGUUCAUGGCUCAGAACCCUGACAGAGCAAAAACUAACCAAGAGAUGCGAGGAGCCGAGUCGUUGGUUACCUUAAACCACAAGAUUCUCCGGCCAUGUAGGAAACUCCUAAUCAGAAUCAGCAAGAGCUGUCCCCGACGCCACAACCGGCAUUUGAAACUCAAGAAAGCAUCUCCUUCUUCUUCUUCAGGUUCUUCAGGAAACAAGGUCACCAAAGUGGUGGCUUUGUUCUUCCUCUCUUUCCAUAAGAAGAAGCAGAAGAAAGAGAAGAUGAAGCGUCUCAACGAACUCAGGAGCUUCUCGCACGCAGUCAGUGACCAGAAGAAGGUCCCAAACAAAGAAUCAAACAAGAAAGUUUUCCCAUCAAGACUCACAAUGUCAUGGCUAGGCCAAGGCAAGGGAAACGGUAACAACAACAACACACAGGAAGUCCCUCAAGAUCACGAUGCACGUAGUAGAGACAGCACAAGCGCAUUUAUUCCUUAAUAUUUCUAUGCUCUAUCAAGUCUCUUAAUGUACAUUGACAUUGAGAGAUCCUACACUAAGAUAUAUUUAUAUUACGCGAGAUACUUCUCUAGCAAUAUCAAUCUGUGUGUUUGCAAUAUUGUGGUCAUUGAAAAAGUUAAAAACAAGAUUGAUGCAUAUGAUGAAUUUUGUAGUAAUGGAGUUAAUUAAAAAAAUAUAAUAUUAGAGAAUCAUCAACAAAAGGAUUGCAAUUUCAAGAAUCCAAAUAAUAUUGGAAAACAAGAAGAUAGACAUUGAAUCUUUUAUACAUCUAUCCUAAAAGCACGGACCAAGUUGCUUCAUUCCCUAAACCCCUCCAAUCUUAGGCAAAUCAACUCACCCAUUGGGUUGAUACAAAGUUUGGAGUAAGAA